AAAUGAGAGGUUUGUGAUAAUUUUAUUAAACAAAGCUUUAUUUAGGAAUAUUUACAAUAUAAAAAUGUGUUUAUACCAAAUAAAAAGGUGUUAAAACUAAUUUCCCUUCACAAAACAGGACCAUAAGAUUAGUAAUAAUGCAGAACCUGUUCAUAAUCAUCAGAUUGCCAAACCCAACUGACAUGCAAUUAAUGUGGCCCCCGAGGGGCUGUAAAUGAAGAAGCCUUGGUGCAAAAGCUUGCAAUGAAUGCAUUUAACAAAUAAAAGACUAGAUCUGAAAAAAAGAAUAGAAAGAAGAAUGGCUCAAAUGUUACACAAUCACUACAGCGACUGGACGGUGACCACCACUGACUUAAUGCACGUUGAUGCUGAUUCAAGGAAUCAGUGGCGGAAGAGGUACUCAGAAGUAGUCAUUUACUUAAGUAAAAGUACCAGUACCACAGUGUAGAAAUACUCUGUUACAAGUAGUAUUAGCAUCCAAAUAUACUUACAGCAACAAACUCACUCUGCAGAAUGUAAAGUAACUCGUGACUAAAGUUUGAAAAUAAAUGUAGUUGAGUACAAUAUUUCCCUCUGAUGUGUAGUGAAAUAUAAAGUAGCAUUAAAUUAAAAUACUCAAUUAAAGUACAAGUACCUGAAAAUUGCACUUAAGAACAUUACUUGAAUACAUGUACUUUUUUUUUACUUUUCAACACUGCAAGUUAUGCAAGUUAUUCCACUAAUGAAUCUUGACUUAACUUGGAAAGAGAACCAGAGCAGACAGCAGCAUUUUACUACCAAAUAUACUGGAGACCACAACAUUAACCUGGGACAGACAGACUGGUGUUUGUGGCUUCCAAUAAUCAUGAUCAUAUUAUCAAGUUAUUUUAUUUGGACUGCUUAUUCUAGCUAAUUGGACCAUUAGCUAAUUUUGACCCAUUUGCUGUUGACAUUAAUCUUGAAUUAAGCAGUGAAUGAAUGAAUGAGUAACUGUACCCUCUCCAUACGACUCCUUAACAAAAUAAUCAAGUUUAUCGAUAAUUUUUAUAUAAUUAACUCAAGGUCCACUUUUAACUUUUAACCACAUCCCACAGUCUUGGUCAGUGGAUGAAGCUCAGUUGUUAUAAGACAUUUAACUCCUGUUACCCAAUCUAUGCAGGAACUUAAGUGUCUGUUAUCUGUUACAGUAAUUGCAUUGCUUUCAGUACUUUUUUAGAAAAGUACUGCAUCAGUUAGAUAUAAUUUUGCUUCCUUAUAUGGGCACACACAUGAUGCUAUCCAAAAAUGAACAGAUUCCCAAAAAUGUCAGCAUUAUUGGGAGAAGGUGUAAAUUUUGUAUUCAUUUAUUUAAGGAUAGAAAUUCUCGGAGUGAUAACCCCUAAUGUUAUGGGAGUCGGGAGAACAGACAAAACAGGAGCACUCUUAGAGUCUGUGCACACCUCUACAGGAAGCUUCCUACCUUUAAAAUACAAAAAACUCUACUUUUUUCACUAAACAUGUUUGAUAGCAGUUUCAAGCCAAGUCUGCCAUGUGACCUGAGAGUUAAAUGCUUUUAUGCAAUAUGUUUUGCUUUUAUUGCAAAACCCAAAAACUGCUGCUGUGUUUCCUGCAGAUUAAUGAUCAAAAUUUCACCAAAAAGUCCAUGCUGUCAGCAACAUAUUUAUGUUUACCUCAGCAGCCAACUUGCCUGACCGGUAUGUGCAGUGCAGGAGUGAUCACAUGUAAAUCUGGACAUUCCUCACUUCCCUGUACUGACUAUAUCCUCUUCUACCGUAGCAUAUAUAAGUCUGCUGCAGGUUCUUUCAUAAUCACCGCUCUCUAACAGCCUCAUAGGACCCAUUUGCUGAAUUAAACCUUGACUGAUCGGAGGUGAAAACAUGUCAAACGUGGCAUUUUCGGCAUUUGUGUGUUUAUUUUUUGUCUGUUGCAGCAGAGCUAUGCCGACUGCACUCAACCAGGAGGCUGUGAAUGAAAGACCUGUGAUCGGGAUUUUGACUCAACUAGUUUCAGAUGAUGUCAUGAAACCAUUCGGGAGGACCUACAUACCUGCCUCCUAUGUGAAAUACAUUGAGUCUGGGGGCAGCAGAGUGAUGCCUAUCAGGUUGACUCUUACUACUGCUGAAUAUGAAAAUAUCUUCAAGAAGAUAAAUGGCCUGCUCUUCAUCGGCGGAGCUGCAGAUUUGGAGGCAUCAGACUAUGCCAGGGUGGCGAAGAUCUUUUAUAGACUUGCUCUGACGGCUAACAAUGCGGGUGACUUCUUCCCAAUCUGGGGUACAUGCAUGGGGAUGCAGCUACUGACUGUCCUGGUGGCUGGUGAAAAUCUGCUGGCAAACACCACAGCUGAGAACAUAGCGAUGCCCCUCAACCUAACCAGAGAGGCCCACUCCAGCAGGAUGUUCCAGGGUUUUCCAGACGAGCUGAUGAAGACUUUGACCCAAGAACCUCUGACUGGCAAUUUUCACCACUAUGGAGUUAUAGUAGAGACCUUCCAGGAAAAUGAGAAGCUGCAGAAUUUCUUCUCCGUCUUGUCUACAAACGUUGCUGAAAACGGAGCCCACUUUGUCUCAACCAUAGAAGGUAAGAGAUAUCCCUUCUAUGGAGUACAGUGGCACCCAGAGGUGAAUCGUUUCCAGUGGGACAAAAAGCUGAACUUUCCUCACUCCCCUCACGCUAUUCAGUUAUCGUCUCUCCUGGCUGAGUUUUUUGUCAAUGAAGGAAGGAGAAGUUUACAUCAGUUUGACAAUCCUGAGGAAGAGGCCUCGUCACUCAUUUACAACUACAUGCCUAUCUAUGCUGGAAACUUCACAGGAUAUGAGCAGCUCUAUUUCUUCUGAGAUCCUCCAGUGGUUGACUUUGUGUGUCACCCUGUGCAUGUACAAAACAACGCUUUUCAUACAGUUUAUUGUGCAACACAACAUUUGAGCCCAGAACUGCACACAGAAAGUCUGCUGGUUCUAAUCACAGUUAGGCCUCAAACCCAAAGUUUGAUUUCAGCCAUGUGUGUGCUGACUCAGACUUCAUUUUAUUACACUGGGGAGAAGUUUCUGCACCAGUGUUUUUUUUUUUUACUCUCUUAUACACACUUUAUAUAAAUUUGACUACUUUUAGGUCAUUAAAGAAAUAAAGGAU